UAUAAGAAUACAAAAAUAUCAUAUACACUAGUUGGCCAUGCAGGGUCGAUGUGAUGACGCAAUUACGUAAUGACGCAAAAGAAUCACUGAACCGGCUCUUUGUAAGUGAUUCGCUGAAGCAAGGUGGACUAGCAUAUCCUUUUUAACCAAAAAGAAUGCAUGGAAUAUGUCCAAUCAAAGACUCUUCAGAUACACACGUGACUCAACAGGGAAGCCCAUGAUAUAGAGUGGACGCUCCUCCGUUUUAUGAAAAUUAUUGUUGAAUCUGAAUCCCCGACUCUCUCUACACACUGCAAAGGGUCCAAAGAGAGAAACACGCUGCAGAGCACACCUAUAUCUACUGCAAAGCAAAUUAUACUACAGCCGAACAAUAAGUCGCAUGCUCCACCAGAUGGUUUAAAAUACAAGCCAAGCCACUUUGAUGUUCAACAAUGGAAGACCUGCAAGACUUUGGUUCCUCUAGUGCGAGUGCUAAGACCAUUGCUGCUGAGCUUAAGGAUGAUUUUUACUCCAAGCUUGUUGACGACUUCCUUGGUGCUCAUUACGGAGAGCUGUUGGAGCUGGAUGAAAAGCCCUGGAAAAUCCGCAUGUUGGUUCAGAUUGGACUGAUGAGAGAGGAGCAAGAUAUUUCAUGGGUUGAUUUAAUUCAGUGGCUCCAAAAGAUUGUCCCAAUGUUUCAGUCGGCUGAUUUCCGAAGCUUGAUUGAGAGAAACACCACGACAGCUUUGAGUUUAACUGGGGAUGCCAGGCAGAAGUUUCUUGAAUCUGAUGUAAACUUUGAAUUUGUUGGACCUAUAUGUGAUAGUAUCGGAAUCGGGAGAAGAGAUUUACUUGAAAUGUCUGACUUUUCUGACCGUGCAAAAUUAACUGCUCUCACAAACGGUCUCAUUCUCGAAUUGACUAACUUUAUUUCUCGAGAGAAAUUAGACCCGGUUGUCUUAGUGUCCUGGAUUCGUAACUUUGAGCCUUUAUUUUGUAGUGAUGGCAAGAUCCAAAGAGCCUAUAGGCUCCUACGGUCAAGUCUCAAGAAUUUCAGAAUACAGUACCGCAACAAUCAGAGGAGCCGAAAGAGGAGCCGCGGAUUUCUGGAUGAUUUUCUUCAGAGUCCAUUUGAUCUUGCUCCCGAAGCUGAUGCUGAUGAUAUUGAAUACAGGAGGGUGGCAAUGAUCAAAGCACAUCUGAGGAAGAAACGCCGCAUUUCCAGGCAUAAACCUACCUCUUCGCUCAAGGAGGAAGAUGAACCCUUCCGUAUUUCGCAGACAGAUGUGACUGUGAAAACUCAUAAUGAACCCAAGCAAAUUCCCCAUGCAUUCAGUGUUAAAAGGGAACGGGGAUCACAGAGCCAUCAAACACCAAUACGGUCACUGAAGGAUGUGGAAGAAGACCCAAGAACCGAUACAGGCGACAAUGUAACACUUCUUGAUAUCUCUGUGCUGUCUUGGCAAAAGAUUGCUGACAUGAAUGGAGGAAAGAACGAAGCUGCUAAGGUGGUUUCACUUGAUCUGCUUCAAAAUCACUUCUCUGCAAUGCUAAAGGAAGAUGCUAACCUAAGAACCCUCGAUGGCAAAGUCAAAGGAAGCACCCAUCCUCUAGUGCCACCGUUGAAUUUCCUGCGUUACAUCUGCCAGUUCCUUUUUGAACUCAUUGAUGUAAUUGAACAGCAAAUGAUGUCAUUUGAAAAAGAUAUUGUGAACACCACGGGCGAGAAACUCGGACGCGACAAGCACCCCAGAUUUCAGAGUUUUGUCAACUUCGAUGAGAGCGCAGUGACCCGUUACAUUCACAUGGCUUCGGAAAUGUUAUGUCCAAGCGAGGAGACCAACCCAAAUUACCGCAGGCACUGGCUUGCUUUUUGCCUUGAAAGAAAAAACCCUUCCAAACUGCCUAUUUAUAGGUCAAAUCGUAUUGUUAACUACUUCGAAGCAGCCGCUGGACUCAUUCACCAUCAUGAAGAUGUUGCUCUCUUUGUAUCUGACCUGCAGCUUCUGAACGACGACUCGAAUAUCCUGUUGGAGAGCGUCAAUGCUGAUGCAAACGACGAGGCUUUGCAGGCAUUGGUCUGUGUAGUUUCUGUUGUCUACCUUAAAGUCUUGGGACCCUUUUGGCAGCUUCUGAAGAGCGAUGGAGAAUAUCCUCUUUUCAGUAGAUACAUCCUGUGCCUGUACGAAAAGCUCUUGGAAUGGUCGCAAGACGCGAGUUGCCUUUUGCAACCAGAAGCCUUUGUGAAUGUAUUCUUACAGGUUCCAAUGCAAGAGGGGACUUUUGAAGGAGUGUUCAGAUUUUGCCGUGAUAAUGCAGAGAACCAGUUCGGUACUCUGAUAAAAGCUUGCUUACAGAGGAUGAUGAAAGCCCUCGCAGCUGUACUAGAGGACAAUCUUAAAGAUUUCUUACCUGGCGGCGAACACUGUAAAGAUCUUCCUACGGAUAUAGCCAUUCAAAUGGCAAACUGCACAUUUUCACAGCUGAUGGGCGAGUACCCCUUUGGUCACGCGUACCCUUAUGAGAAGAACAGGCCUGAUAAAACUCUUGGUCAGACCGAGGGUUCAGUUUCUGAAAAUGCAGAACAAGAACCUGCUUCACGAGAGAUAACGGAUGAAGCUACAUCAGCAGCGGUCACAUUGUCACCUGCCAAAACUAUUCAAAAACGCUACUCCAUCUUUGACGGAGCAAAUCUAAAUGCCGCAAAAAAAAUAAAGGUGUCUAGACUAAAGCAAAAAGCUCAGGAUCACAUUUAUAGGAAAAUGAUUGUUGGAGCAGUUUCAAAAUACGGUGGCCCAUGUAAAAGCAAGCAAGAUGUUGAACGAUUGCUCGCAAAACUAGAAGGGGCAAGCCAUGCGCAUAUACGUGAGGUCAUUCGCUGUGAGCUGAACUACCAAAAGAGCAUCUUGGGUUCCAGAGACAAAAAGCUAACUCACAUAGGGUUCUCUUUGAAUGACAUGGUUUCUACACUGAAGGACGUCCUGCCAAACGAGAGAGUUAUAGUUACAUCACCAACUGAGAACGUGUUUGAUCACACUGAGACUCAAGAGACCCCGAUUGAAACAUCAUCCCUAGACCCCCAAAGCACAGCCACUGGUCACCAAACUCAUCAAAGGCGUAGUAUUGAUAUAAAGAAAACAAAUGUUUUUGGCCCUUGUUACAGGGAGAACUUCGAGUUUCUCUGAUUGUAUUUUAACCUGAUAAAAAUGUUGAAUACAUGGUACUUGCAUUAGUUUCUUGUUUUGAUUUCACAUAUGGUAAAAACAUUUGUUUUCAGAUGUUCUGUUACUAACAAGUUUGUUCUCUUACUGGAAUACUAGACAUUAGUAGUAUCACAACAGUUAAUUAGUUCAUUGGUUUUUUUUAAUAAUUGUUUUUUAUAGUAGUUGCAUUACAAAAUAAAAAUGUUUGUAGAAAAAUACUUGUCCUGACUUUUGUUAAAUAAAAACUCUACUACUACUACCAAUAAUAAUAAUUAUUAUUAUUGGUAAUCCACUAC